GUGGUUAUGCUUCCCAAAAUGGUUGGCUACAGUUUUCCAAUAAAAACAUCCGCUAUCACUCACGAAUAUGAAAUAACUCAAACAUGUCUUGGUAGUGGAAUUAAUGGGAAGGUUCUCAAGUGCAUUCACAAGGCUACCGGAAAACCUUAUGCACUUAAAGUUCUUGGCGAUGAUGAGAAGGCCUGUCGGGAGGUUGAGCUACACUAUCGUGUCAGUGAUUGUGAGAAUAUCGUCAGAUUAGUGGAUAUUUUUGAAAAUAACAACACUAACUCUGGGCGUAAUCAUCUACUCAUUGUCAUGGAAUGCAUGGAGGGCGGUGAACUCUUUAACCGUAUCCAGCAAAGGCAUCGAAACGGGUUCACGGAAAAUGAUGCAGCCCGUAUAGUUUACCAAAUUGCCACUGCUAUAAAAUGUCUUCACGGAAGGAACAUUGCUCAUCGCGAUCUUAAGCCAGAAAAUCUGCUGUUUACUUCAGAUGCCCCGGAUGCAACGUUAAAAUUGACAGACUUUGGAUUUGCUAAGGAGACCUCUAAAGGAACGUUUCUUCAGUCUCCUUGUUUUACUCCUUACUAUGUUGCUCCUGAAGUCUUGGGUCCCGCUGCAUAUGACCAGCAGUGCGACAUGUGGUCCCUUGGUGUCAUCACAUACAUCCUGCUGUGCGGUUAUCCUCCCUUCUAUAGUCAAGGUGGGGAUCCCUUCUCGCCUGGAAUGAAAUCCCGCAUUAGAAACGGACACUACACCUAUCCACCCAACGAGUGGAGUGCAGUUUCUCAAGACGCAAAAGACUUGAUAAAUCGUUUAUUGAUUGUACAACCGCAACAACGAUUGACAAUUGAGCAAGUCAUGUUGCACCCAUGGCUUGUUCGUCACAAGUCGGUUCCUCAGACACCUCUCCUCACGUUGAACAUCCUUAACGAGGAGAGGCAGAAUUGGAAUGAGGUUCAGGUACAGUUGAAGAUAAAGAAGUUAUGCAAAGUUGUCUUUCCGGUGAAGAAUUAA